GACGCGUCUCCUACGCGAGCGAGUGUGCGUGCGACCGAGCGAGCUUAACGACACGCGCUCGCGCGCAUCAAGAGAUGCCAUGUGGCGGAGGGACCGAUAACUACCAGGAGGAUGGCCCAAGUCUUCACUCUGAUCUCCGACUACGAAGUUUUCGGAUCUGUUCGCAUCUGGUACGGCAACCGGCUCGGAUAGCCGUACCGCCGAACUUCUUCUCCCUCCCGCAUCGACGAGAAGAUCACGAGAUUCCUCAUCCCACUCAUCCCGCGACAUCGGGAUGAAGUGAUCCUCCUUGGAAUACAUCUUUUCGACGGUUGAAGAGUGCGGCUCGUCGUUCCCGUUUAACUCGCGUGAUCUUUAUAGAUCGCGAGGCGAAAGUGCGUUCGCGUAUCGUACAGCUCGAGUUUUGCGCGCGAAAAAUGUUUUGACUCUUGUGUUUCGUAAGAUCCAUAAGUUAAUUUCGUUCGUCUCGAGAAUCGUUCUUUUAUCUCGAUUCCUGAAUGAAUUGGUUCGAGCUGUGCCGGUCGUUAAAUAUGCAAAAAUGGUCGAAAACCAGUCCACAAAACAGCAAAUACUAGAUUGAGACGAGCAACUUAAAUAGCGAGCGACGCGCGAGGGUGAAAUCUUAGUGGUUUUAACGAAUCAGAGCAGAAAAUCCUGCACCUUGGACGGAAUUGGCCAGGAGCUUUGGACUCGGUAAAGUUAACGAAGAACUUAAAGGAGUUAAUGCCGACCAUCGAGUGUCUUCGCCGGGAUUAGUGAUUCAUCAACCCUUCUGGGGAGAAGAAGAGAAGAGCAAAUUAGCCGCCAUCGCGACGAACGAAAGCAAAGAGAAAGCACUGUCGCGAUUUUACGACAGGAUACUUUCCGCGUCGGUCAUCUCUGUCCUUAGAUCAGCUAACUUUUGAUCGCAUUACAUCCCAGACUGUCAUCUCUCGAAAGAUCAUAUCUCUCGGAUAUCUUCGCCGAGCGAAUUUCUAUCCACACCCAAUCUUUUCCCAAUAGUUGAAGCACAGUCGAGGAAAUCGGAUGAGUGGUUGUUUGAUGGAGAACGCGGUGAUCAAGACACAGGUGUCACUCGAGGGAAAAUUGAAUUAAACUAGGCGUGAUUUCGCAGCGUCAGUCCCGUUAGUGAUGAGUUCGCGCGAGGGUGAACACGUGGACGGAUCGAUGUGCCUCGAGGGCUGUCUCAAGUGAUCGAGUAUAGUGACCGGCACGUGACGUCGCACCGCUUUCUCCGACGGUGAAUCGCGUGAGAUGAUGACCUUCGUGACGGAUACGGUGCCCUACGCCUACGACGCGGUCACGAGAUCGGCCUACGACGGUUACCGUCACCAUUUGCAUCACCAUCACCACCACCACCACCAUCCUCAUCAUCCCCAUCGGUAUCGGCGCGUCUACACGCCGACCGAAUCCGAGUAUCUGCAGGGAUACGUCACCAGGAGGGACACGGACGACCGCGCGAGGAUUAUCGGCGCUAACAACGCUUUGGCGUCGACCGGCUCGUUGAAUUAUCGCAACGACCGAGUCAGGUCGCAGUCUCGAUACACCCUCGAUUCGGAUGACGCUUCGUCAGUGAUAUCGGCGGACGCUUCGGCCGACCUCGAGUCUGGUUCCGCGGACGCCGACGAGAGCAACGAGAUCAACGAGGCUAACGAGACCAACGAGACGAGCGAAACAAAUGAAACCGAGUCGAUCGAGCACGUACCUCAUCCUCACGUUUUGGACACCGGCUCGCCUCAUGGGCCACGUAGGUGUCUCUUGUGGGCCUGCAAGGCAUGCAAGAAGAAGACGGUCACCGUCGAUCGAAGAAAAGCCGCCACCUUGCGCGAGAGACGGCGCUUGAGAAAGGUCAACGAGGCCUUUGAGGUGCUCAAGAGGAGAACGAGCAACAACCCCAACCAACGUUUACCAAAAGUGGAGAUACUGCGGAACGCUAUCGAGUAUAUCGAGAGUCUCGAGGCGCUGCUGCAAGGAAAUAGACCUUCCGGACAUCAGGAUCACCCUUCCGCUGAGAGCAUAAAUGGAGAGUCGCCGCAGUACGUGACGGACAGACUUCGGCAAUUCUCGGAUCCUUUGGCAAGGUUUCAACCAAUUAACGGUUUCGAGCAAGUCGAGGCGUUGUCUUCGCAAAAUAAUGGAAGCAGCUUGGACUGCCUCAGCAUGAUCGUGCAAAGCAUCAACGGGCCGUUACAAUCGUCGUCCGAAAGUCAUUAUUCGUCGCAUCGCUGAAGUUGUACGGUACCGAGACUCAAUCCCUUCGGAUCGGUCUCUUUCCUUAGCUAUUACGGUGGCAAUCGUAUGUCAUUCGAUAUUUCAAGUGAAUGCGCGUACACGAUCGAAGAUCCGAUCGCCACUCCUCAAAAUAAUCCUACCAUAUUGCGCAUGGUGUUCCAAAAAUCGCUAAAGGCGUAAUUUCAAUGAUACGCUUAUGAAUAGACUUGAUAUCGUUAUUGGCUCGUCGAUAACAGUUAACAAUAUAAUUAAAGAGAGAGAGAGAGAGAGAGAGAGAGAGAAAAGACCGUGCGUGUUUCUAAACUUGAAAAAAAUCCUUAGAAAGGAGGUACGCGAUUUUUGGAACACCGUAUAAACUUUAAUCGGCAAGCCGAACGGACUGGCGCACGAUUUUUCAAGCGAUCGAAAGGAGAAUUAUAAGUAUUGCGAGCGAUUAAUAAAUCCCGGACGUCCGGUGAAAGCACGCAAACAUAGUAUAGAUUUCCGAUUGUUACCGAUAAAUCUAUGCGGGAUAUCGGAAGCACCGUGGAACAGUCAAAUAUUUUAUCUAUGCGUAUACCAAAGGAAAAAUAUCAUAAAAGAUAAUCUCAGCCGCCACUCUGCGCGUAACUCGAAAUGCCGUAGUAAAGUGUGGCGGAGACAAAAAUUUAUAGCAGGGUAAAAAUUUUCUUACUUAAAUUGUUGCGACUUUUUCUACGAUUAUUUUAACUUUAAAUAUUUACGAAGUGAGCGAUCCUAUUAAUGCUUUUAAUGUGACUUUCUAAAGGAUUUGUUUCCACUUUCUAGCGAUAUACUCAUUUAUCAAAUACAAGUGUAAAAUGCAAAACGACGGGAGUGCCGAAAAACUAUUUUUCGCGCUUCUGUAUUUCCUUCACUUUUCAUGCUUUCUCCGCAGACAGCAAGCGAAUGAAAUGUCCCGUACUCGUUGCCAGAAGUAGCAAAUGUUUCCCUUUUGCUUUUUGCUCUUUGUAAUCGUUACGCAUUGUUUACAUAGAGCUUUUCCUCUUUUCAAUUACGUAUUAAAAAUUAUCCUUCCGCAUUUGCAUCGUUUUGCAUUUCGAAACUAGUUCCUGAUGUGACGAAAAGCCCUUCUGUCUUACGAAAGUUUCACGCGAGAUAUUUGUCUCCCCGGUAUGCUCAAUUUCCUCGAAACGAAUCGCCGAAUUCUUCACGUGCCUGCGAGCGAACGUAUCGAUCACGUAGUGAACGUAUGAGAGCUUCGUCGAUACCGCGAUGGUGUAAAUAUGUGAAAUUAUGAAGCAAUAAAGAGAAACACAGUAACA